AUGGCGGGAGAAGCGAAUGUCGAAAACUCUGUGGAACUCGACACGGUUGAAGAUGAACUUGACUUACCCAUUGUUAUUCAGUGUGGUUCAUGUUUCGUAAUUCUUGGCGACUCAACAGCCUGGGUCUGCGCAAACGAGGCCUUAAAAACAAUAUCUCUAGAGCGUGUGUGUCCUUCUGUCAUAACUAAAAAUGACCUGUGUACAUCACGAGGAGGAGAAGACUUGGGCAGCACUUUCAUGGAACUGGUCUGCACAGAGUGCAAACAUGUUGUUGGGAAGCAGUACAAGACAACCUCCCGUAACCUGGACAUCAUGAGGGAUAUUUUCACCUUUGAGGUGGACAAGAUUGUUAGUUAUCAGGUAGGCACAGCAGACAAAGGAGCAUCUAUUGAAUUGACGGAUGAGAUUCUCACAUUAAGCUCUAUCAACACAAUCAGAGUGGAGCUUCGUAAGUCACAGUCUCUGAUUGUUACUCUGCACCAUCGGAUAGAGGCGCUGGAGAAACGGUUUAGUAUGGACAUUGAACGUGGCCAAGAAAAGGAACACGGUAACAGGCCUAUGCCACAAACCCAGCCAAAAUUAACUGUAGAGAGCCUUUCUCAGCCACACCAAGAGGAACCAAGAACUCCUAAAAGAGCUAAGGGUGGUGUUCGUGAAGGAAGCAAGAAUGUGUCGGGAAGUACAGAAAAUACACUGCCCAGCAUGAAGUCAACAGCUGUUACGCAUCCAUUACGUAAAAAGCGCAAGAUUUGAGGACUAACCAACAUAGUCAUCAGUGGGAUAUGUUUUAGUGCUGUUUUUUUGUGUGUAAGACCCUGCACUGCACAGCAAGAAGUCCGCAGGUGUUACGCAUCCAUUACGCAAAAAGUGCAAGAUUCGAGGACUAACCAACAUAGUCAUCUGUGGGAUAUGUUUUAGUGCUGUUUUUUUGUGUGUGUAAGACCCUGCACUGUCCAGCAAGAAGUCAACAGCUGUUACGCAUCCAUUACACAAAAAGUGCUUUUUUUUGUGCGUAAAUCGUGUAUGGUUCACUCACAGGAAUUUUUUGUCCAUUACCUAAGUUGCUCAUUUUUUUCUAUUGUUCUAUUGAUCUUGGAAAAGUCUCCUUGGAAGGUAGGAUGAUAUUCUACUGGAUACACUUACAUUUUAUAACAUUUAAUUGCCUGUCAGUGAACUUUUGGGGGUGAAAUUUUAGGUGAUUUACUCUCAUGUAUUUUAGUAUUGUACAAAUGUCCUCUUAUACCUGCAUGCAGCAAGGCUUCGUGUGAAAUACUCUAAAAUGUCCAUAUUAUGACACUUUUUAAGACACAAUGCCCUAAAUUUCGUCCAUUACCAACUUGCCCAUUUUUCCAGAUUCUGAGAGUUGUAUUGAUUUUAGAAAGCUGUUUUGGAGUUUGCUUGGAACAUGGGAUGAUAUUCUACUGGAAAAUUUUAAGUUUCAGCAGCUAUAGUAUUUUUGUGACGUUUGCCUCCUAAAAUGCACUGUUGUGGGCGAAAUUUUUGGUCAUUUAGAGUAUUUGGUGGUGCUUAAAAUGUUAUGUUAUCUAUAAAUCAUGCGUGUUAUAAUAGAGUGAUAGUUGCUGAGAAAAAAAAACACACGACAAUUGAUAGUACUCCAUUGUUAUUUCUUGUUGACAUCAUACUUUCAAUUCUACUGGAAUGUAUAAGAAAGAUACCAUAAAUUAAUUCUGAGAAUAGACUACAUUGUAAAAUAGAAAUUGAUCAACUUCUACCUCUAACUACUAAAGUGGGGCUUUGGCGACAACAAUACAUGGUGUAAGUCUGUCACACACAGGGAAAGUUAGUAACUUACCAAAAGUUAGUGGUUUACCCUAAGCACCCCACC